UUAAGUUGUUUCUAUCUACGUUGUUUCUAUUUUUUUUCUAAUAAUUCUACAUUACAGAAUCUUCAGUUACUAUUAUUAUUAUCGAGACUAUUAUUUAAUAAAAUUCCUCAAUAACAAUAAAGAUUUUUUGAACUUUAGUUCUCAUUGGUAGCAAUUUGGACUCGUCUUCUCUCUCUCUCUCUCUCUCUCUCUCUCUCUCUCUCUCUCUCUCUCUCUCUCUCUCUCUCUCUCUCUUUUUUUCUCUCUUUCUCAUUGCUGUUUGUCAAGAAAGAAUACAUUAACUCUUAAAUUACCUAAGUGAAAUUUAAUCAUGAGACUACCCAGAUAUCCAAACGCCUAUGAAGUUGCCGUCAUGUUGCUGUCAACCGUUGCAGCAACAAUUUCUAAAAACUCGAGACAAGGUGCUUCAGCAUUGUGUGUCUUAGGUUUACUCACGUGAAUUCGACACUAGACUACAGCAUGUUGACGGCAACUUGUUGAUGUUGGUUUGCCUCACCCUGUAUAUUAUGAUAAAAGAAGUAAUUUUAACUAAAUAAAUAUAUAGUGUUUUCAGUAAAUUUAAUUAUAAACCUAAUAUUAGGCUUCUGGCCAGGGAAAGGCCAUUAAAUAUCUUGUAUAGGUCUUUAGAUAUCUUUGAUAUGUCUAGUUCGAAAAUUUUAAAGACAUCUUUUAAGAUAUCUUCAACAAAAUCUUUUUAGAUAUCUUUUAGAUAUAUUUUAGAAAUGUCUUGAAGACAUCUUAAAUAAGAUGUCUUUCCUAUUUCUACAAGAUAUCGAUGUUUACUGGGUUGUUGGCAAAUUGUUGUAAACAUUUAAUACUUACACAUUGUUUCAAUUUUGUUAACAAUGAGAAUCAAUUACAAAACUUCAACGAUUGAGGACAAAUAUGGGAUACCCGAAGGAAAACAUUAUCUCUUUUUCGUUACCAUCAAAAUGCUGUUGACCGCUGUUGAAGAAACGACAAGUCAUCAGUUGUCAUCAUGUUGUCGUCACAUUGCUAACAACAUACCGUACUAAUAUUACUGACCGCUUGCUCUUAAAAUGUUAUCAACUGAAUUCUUGUAUAAUCACUCACGUUGCUGAAUACGAUUGCAUUCCUAAUGUGAUGAUUAACCACGCUUGGUUAUCUGGGUAGUGUCUCCGUGUACGUUUAGUUUGCGCUUAAAAAUAUUGCGGCACGUAACAGUUCGCCUCAUCUUCAAGAUUUUUGACUUGACAUGAUACGACGUGGAAUACUCGCAACUUGCUGCAUGCGAAGCCGCGCGGCGAGCGAGAGGCCUCUCGCAUGGAGCCGCAGACGUGAAUUCUGCACGGCCGCGAUCGAGCCUGACGACGGUCGCUCGCCGUUGAACGGGAUACGAGUUCUGGAUCUGACGCGGAUCGUGGCCGGCCCCUACUGCACCAUGAUCCUGGGCGAUCUCGGCGCGGAGGUCCUGAAGAUCGAGCGACCCGACGGCGGGGACGAGGCGCGCAACUGGGGUCCGCCGUUCUGCCAGGGCACGCGGGAGGCCACGUACUUCAUGAGCGUGAACCGAAACAAGAAGAGCGUCUGCGUAGACCUGAAGAGGGGCAGAGAUAUCAUCUACGAGUUGGCGCGGACGUGCGACGUCCUGGUGGAGAAUUACGUGCCGGGCAAGCUGAACAGCAUGGGCCUAGGAUACGAAGAUGUGGCCAGGAUAGCGCCGCGUCUCGUGUACUGCUCGUUGACGGGCUAUGGGUCCCAAGGACCGUACGCGAGCAGACCCGGGUACGACGUCAUCGCCGCUUCCUUGGGCGGCCUGUUGCACAUCACCGGACCGAAAGACGGACCACCAUGCAAAGUUGGCGUGGCGAUGACCGACCUGGCGACGGGUCUGUACGCUCACGGAGCUAUCAUGGCGGCUUUGCUGCAAAGAAUGAGAACCAAUAAAGGCCAAUGGAUACAGUGUAAUCUCCUGUCGACACAGAUCUCGUGCCUGAUAAACAUCGCCUCGAAUUACUUGAAUGGCAAUAAGGAGGCAACGAGGUGGGGGUCUGAACACGAGAGCAUCGUUCCUUACGAAGCCUUUUCCACGAAAGACGGAUACAUGACGAUCGGGAUAGGAAGCGACGCGCAAUUUAUUGAAUUAGUAAAAAGAUUACAAAUGCCAGAACUCGGCACCAAUGACAAGUUUAAGAAUAACACAGUUAGAGUUAAGAACAGAACAGAGCUACUUGCAAUUCUUAGAGAUACGCUUAAAAAAAAGACAAAUCAAGAUUGGUCUGCAAUACUGAAAGGGGCCUCGUUUCCUUAUGGAGCAGUAAAUAAUAUAAGAGAGGUAUUCGACGACCCCCACGUAAAAUAUAUAAAGUUGGUUCAAGAAGUAGAUCACCCAGUUGCUGGCAAAGUGAAACUUGUUGGACCACCUGUGACAUACAGCUACGCUACCAAUAUAGUGCGAUCACCACCACCAGCAUUGGGACAGCAUACGUCAGAAGUUUUAAGAAACAUAUUAAACUAUUCAGAUGAUAAAGUAGAAAGUUUAAAGGCACAGAAAGUUGUGCGAUAAUUCAUAAAUCUCUUUUUAUCUGUAUAUUUUUAUCAGUGGGGUAACAAAUCUCUAUUUUAUAAUAAAACAGAGUUGUUAUGAAGCAAUUUUAAUAAUAGUGACCAAUGCAUAUUGUAUCAAGAUGUAUUUCAUCAUAUUAUAUGAAUGUUAUAUUUUAAGAUUUGUAUUUUAUCGAUAUAUAUAUUUUUUUUAAGACUUAAGAUAUAUUUUACUUUAAUAAAAUGUAAUAAAAUUAAAAAACUGUAAAUUUUGUUAUAUUUUUAAAACAUGUAUCAUUUUUAACACACUUAAUAAAUUAUAUUAAUUUGUAUUAUGCUUAUUGUAACAAAUUUUUUCUACAAUCAUUUAAGUUUCAAUCAUUCUACAAUCAUAAAGUUAAUUAUAAAAAUCACUAUGUAUAAUUAAAAAAUUAUAAUAUAAAAAUUUUUAUAUU